UCAGCAUGAAGAAUAUAAAAUCUUUGUUCGACGGGUGGAUUAUUCGGAAUCAGUCAUGUGAGUCUUAUAAAAGUUUCUCCACGUUCAUUGUCUUUGUCAAUAGGACCCCGAUCUUAUGUACACGUUGUGCCAAGCGUACGCACCUAGUCGAGGGCGGCAUCUGGCCACACGCGCGGUAUUCAACUACAGGCGUACGCCUCCAGUCGAGGGCGGUAUUCUACCGCCGCUUAAUUAACGCCUAGGCAGAACAGUCGCCGAUCAUUGAAGUUCAAUGUAGUGCAGGAAGCAACAGCUGUUCGAUCUUGCACGUAAUGUAGCAAAUGACGAGGACAAAUCGUCGCUUCAUGUCUCUUCGAGGACUUGAGAAAUAUUUACGCAAUGAUCUAAAGACAGCAAAGUAAAUGUUGAUUGCACUGUGGUAAAUCUGUCAGGGUAGUUGAUAUUCAAUCCCUGAACGGCUACAGAUGCAUAUCAGUCUAGGUCGAAUUUCCCUCGAAGCUCCUCAUUACACCGUUAAAUUCUGUCGAAGUGAACCAAAGACCGCACGAAUAUUCGAUACUCACUCAGUUUUCAGCUAUAUCGGUGAGUGGACGCUUGAUUCAAAGUUCCAUCUGGGCUACGUACUCAGAAUAAUAUAUAAAGCUUGCUCUUAUCAUUAUGUCAAAUGUUCACACCGUGAUCGACUGGCGGAGAUGAUUUGUGGCUCCGAGUUUAUUAGAUGAACAGAAAGGAGAUGAUAUGGCAACUUUCGCAAGUAAUUAACUCGCAUAACUAUUCAUGCUGUGCCUGAUCUAAACAAUGUAUUCUAGAUUCUAGGAGGCUUGUUUCCUAUUUCGGCUCCGAUAAUCACUCAUGAAAGCAACUGCAAACACUGUUCCUC